CGGCGCUCAGUGGGUGGCGAGGCGCGAUCCUGCCCAGUUGGACCUCGACCCAGCAGCCAUGACGGAGGUGAUAGGCAAAGAGCAGCUGGAAAUGCUUAAGAAGGCGUUCUCCAUGUUUGACCAGAAGAAGACGGGCUCCAUCGAGGUCAGCAAGGUGGCCGCCAUCCUCAACACCAUGGGCCAGCAGUUCGACGACGACGAGCUGAAGACGCUGUGCGAGAGCAAGGCCAAAGAAGGGAAGCUGGACUUCGACAGCUUUGUCAGCGUGGCAUCAAACUUCCUAGAGGAGGAGGAUGACGAAGCGAUGCAGCAAGAGUUGAAGGAAGCGUUCCGUCUGUACGACAAGGAAGGGAACGGCUACAUCACGACCCAGGUGCUGAAGGAGAUCUUGAAGGCGCUGGAUGACAAGCUGACCCCCGACGACCUGGACUGCAUCGUGGAGGAGGUGGACACGGACGGCUCGGGCACGCUCGACUUCGAUGAGUUUAUGGAGAUGAUGACGGGCUAGCUGAGGCCACGGCAGCUUGUGUCAACACUGCGCUCCG